AUGCCGUCCUCAAGGCGUGUGUCUAGCCGACUGAAGGCCGUUGCUGAGCCCAAAGAUGAUGUCGAUUCUGCAUACGGGUCGAAAGAGGACAGUUUGGUCGAAGACGAGUUGCAGGUUGCCCAACCAGUCCCUACGUCCGCACGGUCAUCGACUAGGAGAAAGACUGCCUCAUUGAAAAGCAAAGAGUCGCUGGAGAUACCUGAAACCCCGGGCAAUGCCACCACCAGGGCAUCGACUUCUUCAAAGCGAAGAAGCAAACGUGUGGAUCAGCCACCGGCGUCGGAGGACGAAGGCGUGGCUCCCAGCGCGCCAAGGACAGGUCCCAAACGCAAAGACACUCAACAUGUUGGAGCGGAGGAUGAGGGGACUUUGGGGCGAAGCAGCACGAAACGGCGCCACAGCACAAAGCAAGCCGAGAUUGUUACGGAGCCAGAAAUUGAGGAGUCUGAAGACGAGCUGCAAGCGGAAGUUGGCAGCACACCUGCACGCGACCGGUCAGCACGGAGCCUCCAUAGACCACGGAGGUGCUCUCCCGUGUCGCAAUCAACACGAGAACCUUCACCUGCCCCAUCAAGGUCACGGAGAGCGGUCGGUAGUGCGGCAAACUCCCCUAGGCCGAAAGGUAUUCUCACUCCUUCUAAAGGGCAGCGAGCUGGACCGCGGAAGUCAGUCCUCUUUGAUCAAGAUGAGAUUCAGGUCCAAGAACAGCUUGGGUUCAAGGAUAUCGACACGUCAGUCAAGAAGACCCAGAAAUCCGCCCGAGCUACAGACGUCUCAAACCUGGCGGUACCUAACGACGAUGAAACCGCCCUUACUGGCAUGGUCAACAACGACCCUCUCCUAGAUUUCGACGAGCCCGCGGACAUCUUGUCCUCUCUUGAGCCAGUCGCCUCUCUCCCUAUCGGUGAUUCAACAGUGGACUCACCUGCUGUUGCCUCCAUCAAAGCGCAGGUGUUAGGUCGGCUUACCUCAGCGACAUCUUGUUCGCCCGCACCGCAUUUGGCAACUCAACAGUCCGCUUUGACAAAUCUGCUGACCUCAACCGUUGUGUCUGGGGAGUCGAACUCCUUGCUGCUCCUGGGCCCUCGAGGUGCUGGGAAAACACUUUUGCUGGAGCACAUUCUGGAACAGCUGAAUGGAGAACACUCACCUCUGUUCCACACCGUGCGGCUCAAUGGAUUCUUCCAGACGGAUGACAGGCUCGCUUUGCGGGAGAUAUGGAGACAGCUCGGCCGCACGACGCAGGAUGAGAAUGGCGAGGAGGCAAAUGCGGCUCCUAUUAGCUAUGCGGACACAUUGGCAUCGCUCCUCUCCCUACUGUCUCACCCUGAUGAAAUGGACUUGGAUACGGAAAGCCAUGAGGAUCCAGAAGUCGACCCUGAGGCCCCUACGAGGACCGCCAAGUCCGUCAUUAUCAUACUAGACGAGUUUGAUCUAUUUACACUGCAUCCGCGGCAGACUUUGUUGUAUAACCUGUUCGAUAUCGCACAGUCCCGCAAAGCUCCUAUUGCAGUCAUUGGCUGUUCCACUAGAAUGGACGUUGUUGAAUCUUUGGAAAAGCGCGUCAAAUCUCGAUUUAGCCACCGCUGGUUGCACAUUCCGCCUGUCCGAACGCUGGCCGAGAUGAAAACCGUAGUUGAGAAAGCGCUGAUUGUAGAUUCACGAUCUGCAGCAGUCGAUUUCGUGGAGAGACUAGAAGAGCACAAUCUCGAAGAGACGAAGAGGUGGAACAAGUUCAUUCAGGACUCUUUUAUGAAGUCUGAGGCUGUUUCGCAGCUCAUCUCGCAGACCUUUUACACGACCAAGUCUGUACCAGAGGUGCUCUCGGCUCUGUACGCGCCGGUCGCUACCCUCGCUUUGCCUACGACGAAUACAUCGAAAAUCUCUGCAGAGACGACGGCGCGGCCGCCAAUAGGACCGCUGCAGCAAACACUGCUCUCUUUAGCAGUCUCGCUUCCAACUCUACACCUGUCGCUCCUGGCAGCACUGAGCUCACCCUCUUACCCAUCACCACUUCCCUCAUUCCACACCACGUACGCCCACUACAUUCACCUCGUCUCUCGCACGAGAAUCGCCAACUCCUCGAGCCGCGCAAGGACUACCGGCGCCGCAGCGAGCCUCCGCCAGUGGGGAUACGACAUGUGUCAAGGCGCGUGGGAAGAGCUGCUUGCCUGGAGCUUCCUCGUCCAUCAAGGCAGGAGUGGGGAGGGUGGGGCUGUCGAUGAGUGGGAGGGGGUCCGUGCCGAGUUGGAGCCGGAAGAGAUACUUUGGUCACUGAAACAGAGAGAUGCAGGCGAGAGCAAGAUCUUGGCGACUUGGAUUACGGGUGAGGUGGUGUGA